AUGUCAAUGCUCUCUGUCGAUGUAGACGAGGCCGAUGUGGAGGUUCUCAAGAAGAUAAUAGAGCGCUCUAGUGAACUCUUUUCCAAAAUUGACCUGCUGCUUCAUACGAUCACAAUGAAAACCCUGACGGCAUCCAAAAGCAUAAAACCAGUGUUUGCUGAAAUCAGUGUCUUAACUACAAAAAAGGACUCAAUUGAGGAGGGUCUCCUGUUGCUAUCAAGUGUUUCGGAGUAUGCUGCGCUUGCUUCAGAGGCGCAGAAGAUGCUUAGCACACCAAUUGAAACUGUUGGUGUUGUAAGAUACUUGCAACAGCUACUGGCAGGGCAAGAUCUUCUCAAGAAUAUGAAACGAGACAUUCGUGACUUUAGCGGCUGCGUAUUGAGUUUUGAUAAUUCUGUGCUGAUGGCUGAAUUGCGUGUCAUCUCCUACUUUUCUUCACUUUUUGGUGACCUAGAGGACAUGAAGCCGGACCUGCCCUCUGUGUCUGAGGCCAUCGCUGUCAUUGAGUACUUUGUAUCUCGGGGAGACCUGAUUAGUGUAUUCGAGGCUAUGGAAAAGGUUUUUGUUCAGAAGCUAAAUCUGGUGCUAACCCCCCUAGAAGCGGGCUGCACUCUACAAAAGCGUCCCGCCAACGCACCUUAUGAAAAGGGAACAACAGGUUUGACAGUAUAUACGAAGGAAAUGAUAAGCACAGUGAGUGGACUUACAAGUGCUUGCAAUCAAUUGGAGUUGGGCGACUCGCCGGUUUUAAGGAACACAAUUGCGACAUACUUGGGGACCCGUUUCUUGAAAAUUCUUUCAGGAUUUAGUCGCUUUGUUGAUUCCCUGGGACUCAGUGGCCAGGAUUUGAUUAUGCUCGACGUUUUGGAAAAUUUGAUGGUCCUAGACCUGGCCUUGCUGCAUUGGGGAUUUGGAUUCCUGACUGUUCUGGAGGUAGACCGCGAAUAUACCAAUUUAGUUACGAAAUGCCUGUCUCUACUUACAGAUUGGGUCAUGUUUAUCGAGAGCAGGGUUACUCAAAUGGACAGGUUCAAUCAAGAAAGUGUGCCACAAAUCGUGGUCGAGGUCAUAUCCAAGAUCCGCAGAAUCUCAGAAUUCGCAUCACUCUCAAUGCUCUUUGAGAAUAAAAAGCUUGGUAGUUGGCUAAAUGUCAAGCCACCUCUUCGAUUUGUUACCAUCUUCACCUCUGUUGUGCAAGGUGCAGAGGCUCUGAUGGACCCGCUUGAAUUCCUCAUGUCUUCAUACCUCCUGGAUUUGAUUGAUGAACUCAUGAUCGAACUUGAACUUGCAUUGAAGGAGGCUAGUGGUGAAAAUGGCAUGCGUAAACUGGCCCAAGGUUUCACUUUAAUAAAAAAUGUGGUCAUGAUAGAGACUAUCAUAAACCGACUGGACUCUUUAUACCGCAAAUUGGGUGCAAUUGGAAUGGAACGCCUUCAGCGCUUGAAAAAUCGUUUUCUCAAAAUGUUUUUGGACGAUUGGAACUAUGCCUCAUAUAUAAUCAUUCGUGACAUGACUCAAAUCACAACGACCAACGCCAUGAAUGGAGGACAAAAUAGCGGCAAAGAGAAGGAACAAAUCAAGGAACUAUUCAAGAACUUCAACGAAUCCUUUGAAGAGGCUCUUCGGAAUUAUGAGAAGUUUCAAAUCCAGGAGAAGGAUCUCCGUGGGUAUCUUUCAAAUGAAAUCAAAAAACUUAUACUCAACGCCUACAACAAGCUCUAUGACAAAUAUGGGAGCGGGGAAUUUACCAAAAAUAGGGCUAAGUACAUUCGGUAUGACAAAUUGCAGUUGGAGAGGCUAUUGAACGAAAAAUUGUAA